CCGUACGGGAACAUGGCGCCGCCCUGCGUGGGUGCACGCCUCCUGGCUAAAAGCUGCCUCCCCUUUCCCGACGCCGAGGAGCGGCCACGUUGGCCGCUACCCACCCGAGCCGGGCGGGGAGGUCCGCCCGCAACGCGGAGAGGGAUGCGGCCUCUGAGGGGCAGAGGCUGAGGAGCCCCUGCCCGCAGCGCGUCGCUCGCCGCCUCCCCCGCGGCGCCGGCCCGCGCCUCAUUCCUGGCCAGAGCUGCAGGAGGGAAAACGCCGACUCCACGGCAGAUAAUUGUGUCAAGUGAGUCUUCUGUUCAGUGUGCAGAAGUGAGUCUCCCAAACCUCUGGAAGCAGUCAACGUUUCUUUUGAUCCCUGGAUUAUCUUUCAGGAAAGUGAAUAAACUUAAUUGAGAAUGUCUGAAAACCUUGACAAGUCCAAUAUAAACAAAGCAGGAAAAUCAAAUGAUUCUGAGCAAGGCCUUGGAGAUGCUGUGGAAGGUUCUGAUGAAGCUUUACAGAAGGAAAGAAAGUCGGGCUCUCCUAGCCCCCAAAGAGUACAAAGACCUCACUCUAGUCCUCCUCGAUUUGUGACAGUAGAAGAACUUCUAGAGACAGCAAAAGGAGUCACUAAUAUGGCUCUAGCCCAUGAAAUUGUAGUAAAUGGAGACUUCCGGAUUAAACCAGUUGAGUUACCGCAAGACAGCUUAGAAAAGAGAGUAAAGGAGAUUGUACAUAAAGCUUUUUGGGAUUGUUUGAGUGUCCAGCUAAGUGAAGACCCCCCAACAUAUGACCAUGCCAUCAAGCUUGUUGGAGAGAUCAAAGAGACUCUCUUAUCUUUCUUGCUGCCUGGUCACACUAGACUGAGAAACCAGAUAACAGAAGUCUUGGAUCUGGAUCUGAUAAAGCAGGAGGCAGAGAAUGGGGCCCUAGACAUUUCCAAGCUGGCAGAAUUCAUUACUGGCAUGAUGGGGACACUCUGUGCACCUGCUCGAGAUGAGGAAGUUAAGAAACUAAAGGACAUUAAGGAAAUAGUGCCCCUUUUCAGAGCAAUUUUUUCUGUGUUGGACCUAAUGAAAGUGGACAUGGCGAACUUUGCUGUCAGCAGCAUUAGGCCACAUCUCAUGCAGCAGUCAGUUGAAUAUGAAAGGAAGAAGUUUCAAGGGCUCUUGGAGAAGCAACCAAAUUCCCUGGACUUCGUCACCCAGUGGCUGGAAGAAGCAGCAGAUGACCUUAUGAAAGAGAAGUAUAAAAAUGCCCUGCCAGCUGGGGGAGAGGCCACGGACUGUGCGGGCAGUCCCGUGCCGAGUCCUGCUGCUGUUCAGAAUCAUGCGUACCUGAAGCUUCUGAAAUGGGACCAUCUCCGGAGACCUUUCCCUGAAACAGUUUUGAUGGACCAGUCCCGCUUCCAAGAAUUUCAGCUCCGGCUGGAGCAGCUGACCAUCCUGGGGGCUGUGUUGCUGGUCACGUUCAGCAUGGCAGCCCCUGGAAUUUCCAGCCAGGCCGACUUCGCUGAGAAACUCAAGAUGAUUGUGGAGAUUCUGCUGACAGAUAUGCAUCUGCCCUCCUUCCAUCUGAAGGAUGCCCUGACUACCAUUGGGGAGAAGGUCUGUGUGGAGGUGAGCUGCUGCCUUUCCCUGCGUGGACUCACACCCUUCACCACGGACAAGGAGAUGGUGCUCAAGGGCCAGAUCCAGGCUGUGGCCAGUCCCAAUGACACCAUCCGCAGGAUUGUGGGUUCCCGCAUCCUGGUCUUCUUAGAAACCUACCUUGCCUCUGGUCAUCAGAAGCCUUUGCCCACAGUACCUGGGGGAUUGGGUCCAGUUCAAAAUGAGCUGGAGGAAGUUGCUAUUAAAUUCGUUCGCCUGGUCAACUAUAACAAGAUGGUCUUCAGUCCCUACUAUGAUGAAAUCCUCAGUAAGAUCCUUGUCAGAUCCUAACACGUAUGUUCCCUCAGCAGCAGUAUUACCCACUCAACUCAGAAUACCUGUUCCCAACUAUAAUGUUCCUUUGGAUAAUGGCUGUUUAGUACAUUUCUAUUUAACAGCACUGAUUCCAAAAGGAAGAAUAUUAUGUAUCACUGUUGAAAAGACUUGUUGAAAAUGUACUGAAUUCUAUUUUGAGGGUUUGUAUUUAUGAGUGAAAGUUUACAAAUCAAAGCUUUUUGUUAUCUUGUGUUUCAUAGGUAGCACUCAGCUUUUGAAUGGUUGACUGUAUCAUGAUUUUAGCUGCCUGUCUCUCCCAGGAGGCUGGGACCUCUCUUCUGUCAUCUGGGUAGUUUUUCAUUCAGAUACCCAGGAGUAUCUGACAGUCCCCUAAGAGUAAAAGAAAUUAAGCCAUGACUGUGCCUGGAUUCACUGUCACAGCCCCCGACUUCUCUCCCUCCAGCUAUUUUUUGGAAGGGCUAUAUAUAGUUUUACUGCCUUUUUCCCCUCUAUUUAUUGCUUUCUUCCUGCCUGGCCUAGCCAGAGCCCCAGAGACCUUUUGUUCUAGAGGAGAGUUACUUGAUUUUAAAAAUAAGCUUAUUCUUUUAAACAAAAUUACUCCUGAGAUUGGAUGAUAACAGUUAUUACUUAUGGGAUCUAGAGAAAGGAAAUCCAUUGACAUCUAGGCCUUGAAAGCUAAGAGGAAAUACAUAUAUUUUUAAAAAUAUAUAUUAGUGUAAUAUAAAAGAAGAUGAAUUCUGGAAUUUUUGCUGAAAAAUUCCACUUUGAUACAAUACCACAGAUGUUUUGGUUGAACUAGAAUUCCAGAAUUAGAUUUAAGUGUUUUCAGAUAAAGUAGGGUAAGCCCACUUAUUUAUUGGAUAAGGAAGUCAUAUAAAGUACCUGGUUUUGUUGUUUUUUAAAUAAAUACAUAAGUAAAGUACCUGGUUUUUAAGCAGUGUUUUUUGAGGCACCUUAGUGACCAGAAUUCCUGAAAUAUCCUGUGACUGGAAGGGUAGCUUGGGUCUCGCAGAUGAUCUGUUCUGUUAAAAAAAUUAAAUGCAUGCACAUGCAUGUGUGUAUUUUAGACAGGGACAUUACAUUAGAAGCAGAGCCAUGAAAUUUUUGGAAUGAUCUUCAACCACCAGCCAGCAAGGGGUGAAAUAAUGCAAGGAAUUCCUUUAUUAAAGCCGAUGGGACUUAGGUUGGAGUGGGGAUGGGAUUAGAGACAGCCAGAGGAACAUUCAGCCCACAGACUGUCUAGUGACACCAGGUUUCCAAGGAGUGACCGGUUGUAUUGGGGGGGAAUGUGAUUUCUCCAAAUACAUGCUACAAACUGCUCUCUCUAAUGGUGUUUUUUACUUGCAGUCAGAAAUGUAUGCUGCACUAUGUGGUCAGAGUCAUAUUAUUAAAGUUUAGACUCAAGGACAAAUCUUCCCUCAUUUCAUUGGAAGGGAAUAAAAGUUUAGUAAGUAGAACUUUUAAAGAACAAAACCACAUCUCUUGUAAUGUAUUCAGUGAGGCCCCUUCUGGAAUAGUUUCUGGAGGUCGGGUCGCUCUGGCAGCUGUGCUUAUUGGUUGUACGUCAUUAGUACACGGGGAGCCAGAGCUCCUAGGGCAGCACCCUCUCACCUGCCUCAGCCGCAGAGUUCAGGGAUUUUUUCCCUCCAAGGAUGAGGGAGAGGGGCUUUACCCCAAACACACAGGGUGGAUUACCACUUCUGGCAGUCAUUCUUCCUAAAUCUCAGCAUACAUUCUUUUUGCCUUCUUUUGUAAGACUUAACUCUUGAAAGAUUUUUUUUUUCCACCUCAUGGGUCCCUAAAUUGACAGUUAAGUUUGGACAGUUUGAAAUCUUGCUGCAUAUAUAACAGGGAGCUUCACAGACUCUUGUGGCCGCCCCUCCCCCUGCCCCCCCACUACCUCAGUGACGGCUCAUGGAGUUCUGCAAGUGGCAAAAGCCAAGAAUGAAGGAGGCAAAGUUCAGAACCGCAAUAUUCAUAUUGAAUCAUUUUGUUGUUGCUCUUUAAAAACAAAUGAGCUGAUUUUCUUCCUGGAAUCUCAGAGGGUUAUCACAAAGGGCCAGGAAAAUUAAUUUAGUUCAUUUAGUCACUCAGGAGUGUUUAUUAAGCAUCUACUUAUAACUCCCCAACUACAGCUCUCCCUCCCAGACAAAAUAUACUUUGGCAUAGAAAUUAUCCUGUAGAAUCGAAUUGGUUCUGUGUACUGCAUAUUGAUUGGAUUUGACAGGAUUUCCUGUCUAAUAGGUUUGUGAAAACAAGUUUCUUUUAUGAAAGUGCUAAGUUUAUUUGGCAGAAUUUCAUUACACAUGGAUAGAAUUGAAUACCUUGAAAGGUCAGUAGCAGCAAGUCUGUUAGCUUUGAUAGUUGAAUGAAUGAAUGAAUGAAUGACAGCAGUAACUGCUACUCUGUCAGCUCUCUGUUGGGUGGAUGCGUGCAUGGAUUCACAGCCUAGGCAUUUUUAUAAAAUGUCAUUACUCUUAAAGCAGCUGUAAAAUGUGAUUGUUUAUGUAACCAUAUAACCCAAUUAUAAAUAUAUUUCAGGCAAGAACCACACUGAUAUGUUUUACUGAUUAAAUGUAGCAAACAGGUAUAUAAGAACUAUUUCUUUGUGAAGAAAAGUUAUUAGUAAGUUUGACAUUAUAAGGCAUGUAAUGUACACAUACUGGCUGACAAUUCUACAUGGAUUCUUCAGCAGUUUUGUUUUUGUGGAGGUGCUUAUUUUAGUUUCCCCAAAGCCUUAAAAUUCCUGGGAAUAGAAAGGUGUUGCUGCCAUGAACUUUUCUGCUGAGUUUCAGAGGGAAUAAGUUAUUCACUGUUUAAUUUCCAGUGAUCUUCUGGCAUGGCCUGAUUUAUAUAUAUAUAUAUAUAUAUUCUUUUAAUUGUAUUUCUUUUCACUUUAGGCAGGGUGUUACAGUGAAAAGACUGAGAGCAUUCAAGAAACCAAAGUUCUGAUCUCAUUUCUGUCAUGUACAGAACAAAUCAGGACCUAUUUCCAACACCUAUGAAAUGAAAGGACUUGACCUUUAAGUUCCUUUCUGAUUCUGAUAUUCUGUGCUAAACCUGACUUGAAUAACUUGAGGCUGCAGAAGGAUUGUGCACAGAGCUCCUGAUUUAGAUCUGGGCUACAGCCUUUCUUCUGUUGCCUUUUUCUGGUUGUAUGAUAUUGGCCCAGUCUCCCUCAGGCCUUAGUUGUUUUCAUCUGUAAAAUGGGAACACUACCAACUCACACUUCUUGUGAGGAUUAAAUUUGAUAAUGGAUAUAGUGCUUUGUACAUGGGAAGGGACUAUAAAUUGCUUUAUAAACAACAAAGGAGAGCAUAUAACCCUCUGUAGGUGCACGUUUGUUAUGAUGAUAGAUUCAACUUUUGCUGUCCAGCCUCCCUUCAGUCAAAUGUGUUUUACAGACCUAUAUGGAAGGUUUUUCUUCUGUCCCAAAACUGUUCUCUCAUCAUCUCUUCUGACUAGAGCUGCAAUUGCUUAUCUCCCAACAUUUCCUUCGGCCCCAGUGGUUUCUCCCUACCUCCAACUCUGUUAUUUGAACUAAAUGAAUGCAUGAGUGCACAAAUGAAUGGAUGAAUGAUGGUGAUGGGUGGUGAAAUUCAUAUUUAAUGGCACUAUCUCAUUGAAGACAUAUCUAAAUAAAGAACUACAAUGAU